AAAUGGGGAUGUUGAACCUGUAGCGUCUGAGCUACCUGUGGCUCUGUGCAGCUUUAUCAAAGAAACAAAUGAAGAUGAUAAAUGGUGCUGGAGUGAUGUAAAUGUCAGGUCUGCUCCUGAGUCUCCCAGGCUCAAAUCCAUGCUGUGGAGGAAAAGGUGCAGGUAGCGUGGACACUUUCAGGGUGUCUGAUCUGCUGCAGGACUAUAGUCCCAGGCUACUAGUCUGUUAUUUGUAUUAAUUUUUUAAUCAGCGUAGGCUCUUUUGAAUCAUUUGCACAGGAACAGAUGAGGCCUGCACACCUCUGACUGUUUCACAGACAACAUUCACGUACUGAGAGAGAGUUUGUCCUCCACGUCACAAAUGUUCCAUUGUUCUUGUGAUGGGAAUAAGUAAAUAAUUAGUAAACAGUUCUAGUUAUGGUUGUUUUGUAGCUUCAACACAAACAUGGAAAUGUAAUCAAAGCACCAAAUAAUGAUAAAUGCACUGCAGGAUAGGUGUGGUGAAAGAUGAGAGCAGGCUCAGUCAUACUGCCAUCUUUGACAUGAGAAUAAACUCAUUUGUUACAGAUGUGUAGCAAAUGGCUUAAAUAAGCAGACUCAAAUAUAUUUUGGGUCUAAGCAGUCCCUGCUGGAGAGUCAAGGACAGUCAUCCUCCAUGGGGGUGGGGUUGUGCUGACAGUGAUGAAGCAGAGACCUGGUGAAGUAGGCACUGGGCAGCCUGGCCUGUGAUGGAGUGCUGGGUGGGGAGCGUGCCAGCGAUGCUGGGAGUGCCCCCUCCUCCACCCCUGAACAUGUGCUUCAUGGUACUGUGAGGUCGGUCGGGACUGUGACAGCUCUGCUGCUGGGUCUGCUCAGACUGGCUCGUUCAUGCAUCAGAGGGACAGCAGGUCACAGGGUCUCGCUGCAUACACAUUCUUCACAGGAGACUGCUGCCUGCUCUGUUAUCACUCAGGCCUCCGUUACAGUCCCCCCUCCCCACCUGCUUACCGGGCGCUGCACCGACUCCUCCCAGACUUGCAGACAUCAUCCUUAUUCAUGGUGCUUUGUGUUAAUACAAAUAAUAAGACACAGUAAUAUUACAUCUUAAGACAAAGGCCAACUUCUGUUUUCCUUUCCAAAGAGAAAAUCCACAGGCUGCCGUGUGGGAGGAGGGACCAGGAAGAGGUUUAUCAUGGUCAACACUGUCGUCCUAAUCCGCUCUUAGAGGAUAGAGGCUUAGUGGGACCUCAGGUUAGGUUGAUCACAACUUGUCUCAGACACAACCAUCCAUACGAGCAAGGCAUUCAUUGGUGUGCACGCAUGAGUUAUUUCACCUCACCCUCAGACGUCUGUCUUCUUCUUAGUUCUGCCGGAUUCAUUAAAGGAAGCAAACAUUUGUCUGGGCAGGUUUAGAGGCUGUUUCAGCAGCUCUGUAGACCUCAGAGAGCACACCUGCCACACUCCAGCUACACACUAGCUGUUUCUUUUUUUGUAUUUCUUUAAUUCAACCAAGACUUCUGAAGAUGAAAGACCGACUGGCUCAGCUGAAGGAGAAGAGCGAUGCAGGUGGUGAUGAUAUUGAGGUUCCUGUGGAGAGUGAGGCUUUCAUGGAUGAUUUCUUUGCUCAGAUUGAAGAUAUCCGCAGCAGUAUUGACAAGAUUGACGAAAGUGUUACAGAAAUCAAAAAACUCUACUCCACCAUCCUGUCUGCACCGACCUCCGACCAGAAAACACAGGAUGAUGUCGAAGCCCUCACCAAUGAGAUUAAAAAGUCGGCCAACAACGCAAGAAACAAACUGAAGAGUAUCGAGCGCCAGCUGGAGUCAAACGCAGAUGAGAGGGCCUCGGCCGACCUCAGGAUACGCAAGUCACAGCACGCAAUUCUGGCCAAAAAGUUUGUAGAGGUGAUGACAAAGUACAACGAGGCUCAGGUGGACUUCAGAGACAAGAGCAAGGGACGGAUCGCCCGCCAGCUGGAGAUCACUGGGAAAACAACAACUGAUGAGGAGCUGGAUGAGAUGCUGGAGGGAGGAAACUCUGCUGUCUUCACAGCAGGGAUCAUGGACUCUAAGAUCAACCAGCAGGCCCUGAAUGAGAUCGAGGCUCGUCACAAAGACAUUAUGAGGCUGGAGAGCAGCAUUAAAGAACUCCACGACAUGUUUGUUGAUAUUGCCAUGCUGGUUGAGAACCAGGGUGGGAUGAUUGACAGAAUCGAAAGCAACAUGGACCAGUCGGUGGGCUUUGUAGAGAGAGCCGUGGCCGACACCAAGAAGGCUGCCAAAUACCAGCAGGAGGCACGCAGGAAACAAAUGAUGAUCUUCUGCUGCUGCGUGAUUUUGGCCGUCGUCCUCGGUUCAUUUGUCUACAGCUUCAUCAAAUAGAGACCCUAAUAAAGAAAGUCUCCCCACCAUCUGAGUCCACGGGAGGCCGCAGGACACGUCUGCACUCAGUUUGCUCUCAUUUCAUUACAUAUCAGGAACAAAGCGCCACAUUCAUGAUCAGUUCAAUCAGAAAAACAUGACGACAGCUUUCUUCUUCACGGUCUCGCUCCAGUCUGUGUUCCUAACCUGUCCAAUAACAAACUGAAUAUGACUGUGUGCACAAAACAGAAAAGAAAUGCUGGAGACCUUUCAGUGCAGCGACCGACACGUCCAUAAUCCCACCAAGAAUGUAGACAUUAUAGGGCUACAUACAUGUUUAAUGUGUUUGCAUUAGUUCAUCUUAGCUGUGCUCAGAGAAGUGCAAAUGUGUGUGAUACGUCUUACCCUAACCCUGCUACAGUUGUUCUGCUGUGGAGCGAUUUUUCAGAACCAAACUUGGAAUUUGAAAACGUGCAGUAUGAAAGGUCACCAACAAUCAGGUCCAAGGCCUGUGAAUUACUGAGUGUGACUGCUAGCCUGCUCCAUUUCAUUUUCAUUCACUGAUUUGUCCACUUAUCAUAUCCAUAUUCAGGAAAGUGCAUCUGAUUUGUAAACAACUUUUGAAUAAUGCAGCCAUGAAAAGCUUUUAUUAGGAAGAUUAACUGUUGUGUUACUGUGUAAGGAAUAAAAAGCAGAGGGUGUCCAUUAAUAUUAGAGUGAAGUGAUUACAGCAGGUGCUGGUACCUGACACACCUGUGCUGCAGACUGCAUCCUGCCCCGUGUCCACAGCAGGCCUGUCUAGAGGCCUUUAGGAUUCUCAGUAAAAAUCCAUGUAGUGAGCUUUUAACCUUGAAGUGAUUAAAAAUGGCUUAUCUUAGACGCUGUGCAACCAGGAAUUGAUGUUCAUUUUGAAAGUGUUAGAUUAGAAAUACAAAUCAUUUGAUGAUUCAGGUAUUUGGUUUAGAUCUUUGUUAUUUGUGUGACGACGGAAUUCUCAUAUUUGUAUAAUGUGCUUGUGUGUCUCCUUAAAGGACUGUUUCUAUGCUUGUUAUUCUGACACUUGCUCUGACCCACACUUUGGUGUUGGAUGCAGUGCAGCCCA